UUUAUGUGUAUGUAUUUUGUUGGUUGAUAAAGAGAUGUAAAAAGACGAAAGAUUUGAAUAUAAAGUAAUGAAUGGCCCAUAAAAGCAAAAUAUGAAUGAAAAAUGGAAGUCACUAAAGAAGAAAGCUGCAGUUGAUUCUGAUUGGCUCACUCAUGCACAAGUAGAGCAUAAUAAUACUUGAAUCAUAAGAUGUCCUAAGUACCACUUUUAAAAAAAUUACAAUCUAUGUGAUAAAUAUGGCGACUCCAGAUUGCAAAGAAAUUGAAAAACGCAUAAAAGAUAUGUUGUUCAGCAAAACUCCAGGCAGCAGUUCUGUUUUACCUAAACCUAAGAUAGAACCUUGUUCUAAUCCAUUUUUAUUCAAUGAUCCUUGCCUUGUGUCAAAUAUCGAAGAAAACACAUUACUAGACAAGUCUCUUGGUGUUUCAGCAUUAAACGAUAGUUUGAUUGCUGAAUCUAGUAGCAAGUUGAUAGAUGUGGAUGUUUUAACUGGUUUUGCUGCAAAACAUAUAAAUGAUUCAGAUCUUAUUUUAAACUGUAAGGAUAGAAUUUUACCUCAUCCAGAACUUGAAGAUCAUAAUCUUGUACCCAAAAGUACAGACUGCAAGCAAAGUGUUUCAGAAAUUCUCAAUAAUAUGUCAAAAGAAAUUCAGAAAUCCCCAAAUUUUUUGAACAUGCCGGGGAAUCCCUUAUUUGAAGCUCCAUUUGGCUCCGAAAGAAGUGAAAAUAGCAGUAGAGCUUCUGAAGCUGUUAAGAAUUAUGCUAAAGAGCAACUAGGUAAAGGUAAGAUUAAACAAAAGAACAAAAAAAUGCAUAAAAAAAUUGUGAAGGAAAAGAGAGUAAAAGAGAAAAUGGCUGGCUUGUAUGCGAAAGAAAACUUGUCCAAUUUACCUUCAACUUCUAUUAAUAACCAGCAUAUCAAGGAAAGUGAUGAGAAAUCCCAAGAAAAGUCAAGCCCUGCAAAAAGAAAAAACAAGUCGAGAAAAGAGCGAAGUAAAAGCAUCAAACUUAAAAGAAAUGUUUUUUCUGUUCUGUCUACAGUUGGAAGAGAGUAUACAUUAUUAUUUCCAAUGAACUCAUUACAAUGCAAAUUUAUGUGUCAUCUAUGUGACUAUAGUGCUGAAAGUAAUGAACUUGUUUUAGUGCAUCUAAAGUCAAAAAAGCAUCUGAAAGUGAAAGAGCAAAAUAAUUUAGAUAUGAUGCUGCCGUUUCUUCCUGAACCUUUAAGCGGUCAAACUGGAGCUAUAACUGAUCUUUUGUACUCUUGUAUUGAAAAGCAUGGCUUGAGCGAUGAAGAAAUCAAAGCUAUAGAAAUCGUUACACAAAGAGUUACUGAGCUAGUUGAAAAUCACACAUCUGCAUGCUCUAUUGAAUUGAUUGGAUCGUCUAUGACAACCAUUGGUCUUAAAGAUGGCACUGUUGAAUUUGCUUUGAAAGCUAAGGAUGAAGAUAGCAUUCCAGAAGCUUUAGAAGACAUAUAUGAAGCAAUUAAAAAAGAUGAUAUGUACAUCAAAGUUCAGAAUGAUUUUAAACAGAAACGACCAAGCAUUAUAUUUACUGACAAAGAGACAAACUUGUCUUGCAACUUAGUAUUGGAUUAUGGCUGUUCUGUGCGGUUUGCCAAGCUUAUUUCCAUUUAUUCAAAAUUAGACAAAAGAGUCAAGCCUCUUGGAAUUGCUUUCCGAUAUUGGGCCAAAUUGUGUGGCAUUGAUAAUCAAGAAUGUGGUACCUUACCCUCUUUCACUUACAUAAUACUUUUAAUCCAUUUUCUUCAACAAGUUCAGCCACCUGUUCUGCCUGUAUUACAAGAGUGUGAAGAUUUUGGGAAAAGUGAUUUUUUCACUGAAUAUGUAGAGGGAAAUAAAUGGUGCAGUCAAAACUGUGAUAACAUUGGAGAACUGUGGAUAAAACUUUUUGCAUUUUAUAAUUUUGAAUAUAGAAUUGGACAAGAUGUAGUUUGCAUUCGAAGUUCUAGACGAAUUUCUUGUAAAGAUCGAAAUUGGAGUACGAAGUUUUAUGCAAUUGAAGAUCCCUUUGCACGUAGAAAUUUGGGAUAUGUCAUACCAACAUAUCAAGUUUGUCAUUAUAUUCAGCAAUGUUUUAUGAAAACUUUUAGAUAUUUUGCUUAUCCUCAACUUAAAAAUGGACGCAUAAAACUUCUGAAGAGCAGUGACUUUGAUCCUCUCAUGUUAUCCGAUUAUUUAUCAAACAAAUCUGUGAUGCAAGAAAAUGUGUCUGAAGAAUCUGAAACUUCUGAAAACGAAGAGUCUUUUGCAAAUGAUGAUAUUGAUUUAGAGGAUCAUGAUCCUGAAAUAACGCUUGAGGAUCUAGUGACAACUGUAAAAAACAUCUGUGUUGAAGAGACUGAUUUGCCUGAUGAUUCAAGAUCGCUUGAAGAAUUAGCUGAAGAAAUUACUGACAUGACUGAUAAUUCAGAUACUCUUGAAAAGAAGGACUCUGAGAAAUCCAUAAAAGAAUCCAAACCUCUUGUUGAUAUUGCUACACCAGUAUGUUCAUGGGAUGUUGGUGACAAAAAUCUGACCAUCAAUUCAUUUCAGUAUGACUUUAACUCAAAACUGUUUUGUGCAGAUAAGCCACUUCCUGUUAUAUGCAGAGGAUGCAAAUCAACUGGCCAUUCCAAAAAGAACUGUCCAAAUGAUGAUCUUCCACCACCAUGUGCUUUGCCUCCUAUGACACCAUUCUUUUUAAGCAUAAUAGAAAAAGUACUUCUUUAUAUAAAAGACAAGAAUAAAGUUUCUGAUAUUGAAAUCAAGAAUAUGAAAGAUAUCAUGUUGGACAUACAAAAUUCUAUUAGAGAAGUGUUUCCAGAUGCUAAUCUAAGUUUGUUUGGUUCCUCAUGUAAUGGCUUUGGAUUUAAAAAUCUUAGUGAUAUGGACUUUUGUUUAACUUUUAAAGAUGUAAAUGAUAAAGAGGAUUUAGAUUCUAAAGAAAUUAUCAAAAAAACUGCGGAGCAGCUCAGUAAACACCCUAACUUGAAGAAUAUUAUUUCAGUGGUUACUGCUAAAGUUCCUAUUGUGAAGUUUACAUGGUCAGAAACUGAAACUGAAGGAGAUAUCAGUCUUUACAAUACUCUUGCUCUUGCUAAUACAGAAAUGUUAGAAGCUUAUAGUAAAAUUGAUGAACGAGUGCAGAUUUUAGGUUUUGCUCUGAAAUAUUUUGCAAAGGUUUUAGGUAUUUGUGAUGCUUCACGUGGUAGUUUAUCAUCAUAUGCAUAUUUAUUAAUGGUAAUAUUUUUCCUACAACAACGAGAGCCUCCAGUGAUUCCAGUGUUACAAGAGCUUCAUAGUGAAAAAGAAAAUCAACAAAAAAUUGAUGGUUGGGACGUUUGUUGGUUUAAAGAUAUUGAUAAUUUGGCAACUGUUUGGCUUGACUAUGGUAAAAACAAAGAGAGUGCUGGACAAUUGUGGUUGGGCCUUCUUUCAUUUUAUGCCUGUGAUUUUGAUUGGAAAGAAUAUGUUGUAUGCAUUCGACAAAAGAAACCUCUUACUCGAUUCAGGAAAUUAUGGUGUUCUGACAAAAUAGCAAUUGAAGAUCCUUUUGAACUGAAGCAUAACCUUGGUGCUGGACUUACUAAAAAAAUGAAUUCAUAUAUUAUGAAAGCUUUUCUUCGAGCUCGGGAGCGCUUUGGUACACCACUUCUUCCUCAAAGAAUAAACUCCAUUUUAGGGCAUGAAGUGGCUUUCUUUUUUGAUAGACGAUUUUUAAAUUCUGGUUGUGAACCCCCUCAUGACAGGGGCUGCAGAAAAUGUGGAAAAAUUGGUCACAUGGCCAAAAACUGCACUGAAGAAAAAAUUUGCCUUUACUGUCAAAAACCAGGGCAUAUAAUUAAAGAUUGUCCAAGAAAAAAUCGAAAUCGAAAAUUGAAAGAUGAGAAAAAUAGUAAGGAUAUGUUAUCUGCGUAUGAUAAGAAAAACAGUUCUGAAAACCACAACUCCAUUAUCUCUCAGAAUGCUCAACCAAUUGGGAGUAAAAAUUCAUUGCAGAACCAUACAAUGAAUACCAGUGAUAGAGUUGAGAGUUCAUUACUGGGAAUACCUGUUCAUCGAUAUCCGCCCGGGUUUAAUACUCGAGCUUUCGUUCAACCACCUCCUGGAUUCAAGCCGAACCUGCCUCAAGGAAAUUUUCCGCAAUUCAACACUCCCCAUCAACUCGGUGCACCACCUUUUCCACGAUCUGGCAGCAUGAGUGAUAAACUUCCUCACAGUUCUGUUAAUCAGUACAGUCAAAGUCCACCGAAACAUUAUGGCCAUAGUCCACCAAAGCACUAUGGCCAGAGUCCAUCAACUCAUUAUGGCCAAAGCCCUCCUAAACAUUACAAUGAGAAAGGUCCGAAAUUCUUUAGUCAGAGUCCACCGAAGCAUUAUAACUUUCCUCCACCAAAGCCUUUCAGCUCUUCACCUCCAAAGAAUUUUCAAGGUGUCAAGCCGUAUCAUUCAAUGAUGUCAUCAUCACCCAAUGAAUCAUCGUGGCCUACAGGUUUAAGACAUGGAUUACAGCAGCUGGAACGACAUCCUGUUCCUGAAAAUCUUUGGAAGAUGCGGCCUUCCUUGCCACAAAACAUAAGUUACAUGUCCAAUCAACAGCAAAAAAUAGACCACAGACACAAACGAACUAAUUCUGACAAUUCGUACUAUUCCAAUCAGUUAGACAGACGGUAGCUUCUGUGAUUUUUAAAAAUAUGCUUCAAUGCAUUUCCUAUAGGUUUUUAAUCUGGAAAGUGCAAUCAAACAAAAGGGACUAACUGAUACUGAUUUAUAUUUUAGAUAAACUAUUCUCCAAAGCUAUCCAUCUCAUAUUCAGCAGUUUAUUGUCUUUUCCAUGCUAUUUGUUCCGUUUAUAAUUGCAUAUUUUUCUGCAACAUUGAUUAUUGUAUUACAUAUAAAAUUUGUUUUUAGAUCCUUUAAUGCAGUGAGAUUAAGUGAUUCUCUGACAAAUUUUUGACCCGAAUUUGUUAAUUCCAGCAUUAUGAUUAUUAUUGUUGUUAUUAGUUUUUUAAUUUAAUAUUAUUAUUAUUUCUUUUUUUGACUUCACAAAUGCAAAAAAAUACUUUGUUAUUUGUAACUAUUUUAGACACACAUUUUCAUUUAUAUUAUUGUUAUAGAAAUUCAGUUAAAUGUUUUUGACAGCAGGGUGCUAAAAUAUUCAAAAUUAUAAGCAGAAUGGAGACACAUCUUCUAGUGUUUUGUGUGGAAAGAAUUGCAUUAAUUUAGAAGAAAGAAAGAUAAGCAAUGAUGGUUGACAGUUUUAGCCUUUUGUGUAUUCUCACAUUGUAUAGCUUGCAUCCAAUUCUACGUAUUUUACCUACAACAUUUUUAAAGCUUGUAAAAAUGACCUUUUUUUUUUUUCAUUUUACUAAAUUUGUACAAGCAUAGAAGAAUUUAAUAUAUAUUUUAAAUCCUGCUCUAGAGCAUAUUAUAGUUAAAAAGAAUACUGUUCAAAUAUAAACUCUGUACAUUAUUCUGCUAAAAGUUGAAGCAAAGCAUUUUCUGCUUCAAUUUUUAAUAGAAUUAUAUGAAGGGAGAACACAAGUAUUUGUAAUGCAUUUGGCGAUUUGUCUCCACUCACAUCAAAAAUUUUAAAUGUAGUAAGUUAAAAUAAUAUUGAAGAAUAUUCUUUCAAACGUUACAGAUUAAUGUUUACUUUGAAAUCAAAAAUUUUAAUUGCUGCUAAGGAGGCAAAAAAAGAAAAGAAAAAGGCUGUGUAAUACUUUGUAGGUACUGUAAAGGAAAUAGAAAAAAGUCAUUAUGAAAAAUUCUCUUUUUAAAUAAGUUUUUUAUUUUAAAGAUACAUAUAAUCCUCCAUCUUUGGAAAUAUCUGUAUACUUCUGAUGAAUGAGUGAAUUUUCUUUCCUAAAAAUAAUAUUGGUAACCCUACAUUUAUUAUUUUAUUUUUUAUUUUAAGUCUGUUUCUACUAAAUUAUUUCGAAUCUUUUGCAUGAGAUCUGAGAUUUUGACAGAUUCCUGCCAUACUGUACUGAAUUUUAGUCCCAGGGCACAUAUAGAAAAUAGCAGCAUAAUUUUUAGCGAAGCCAUGACUCAAUUGUAAUUUAGUUUUCUGCAAAUCUUUUGAUACAUGAAAUAAAAAUUGCACAAAUGCCUAAAAUGUUAAUGCUGGAAGAAAGCAUAUUUAAGAACUGCUAAAUGAGUAGAUUAUUAUUUAUUUUUUCUUAUGUCCACAAGUGCUGUUCAUAAAAAAUGCACAGAUAAUUAAUUCUAGGAACUUCAUGUUUUGUCAACUUUCCUCAAAUUUUAUUUUUUUAACUUUCCAAAAUUUAAAUUUGAAAUUAAACUUUCCAUCCUAAAAAGGAAAAAAAAAAGUAAUUAAUAUAAAAUGGGUGGAGAGUGGAGGAGAUAAUGUUUAAGAUAUUUCGCUAUGGAUUUAGUUUCCUAGCUUGCUAUUGUUGCUAGAUGUAUUGGGGAAAAACUUAUUUUUUAUCAUUCGCAGUUCAAUAUUGCUAAUAAUCUCAUUUAUUUAUAUUUUCAUUUACACUUAUUUUUAGAUGAAAAUAUUUCAUUUCCUUUUUUUUUUCAAGAAAACUAUUUUUAAUUAUAAGUCUCUUAAUCCAAAUUCUGAUGUUCAUUUUAAUCUAAGUUUUAAUUUUUCAACAGAAUGUUCUACUUAGGCAUAAAUGUUACAAAUAUUUAAGAAAGUGAUUAAGUGCUUAGAAGUAUGUUAGAAAACUUCAAAAUUUAAAGCUACUAAGUUAGACAUUAAAUCUGAAAUUCAUGUUUUUGUCAUGUUGAACUGGAAGUUAGAAUUUGGUACAUGGGUUUUGGUGAAAAUAUUAAAUAAAAAAUAUAUGUAUUUGCAAUCCAUUGAAUGUUAACUUUUUCCCUUCAUUUAUUUGUAUGAAUGUUGACAUCUUCCCAUUCAUUUAAAAGAAAGAAAGAAAACAUGAAGAUUUGCAACCCCCCCCCCCGAAAACGUUAUGUUUAUUUUGGUUAUGUGACAUAUUUUUAGUUUCAGAUUAUACAACUGCUGCUCUUUUAAACAAAAGCUGAAGGCUGAUUUUUUUUUUAGUUGCUCUCUUUCUGCAAUCUAAUCAGAAAAUCAUUAUAUAGUUUUAAUGAUUCUUGCAACGACUUAGUGUGCAUAACUAGUGAAUUUUGAAAUUUGUGCUAGUUAAUGUUUUAUUUGGUGUUUUAAAAUGGGAAUGGGUGGUGGAAUUUUCCUGAUGUUUCUUUUUACGAAAAUUUUCAGUGACAUGUUUUAUGUGUAAUAUGCUUUAAAAGUAUGUGGUAAGAGUUUAGUUUUUUAAAAAUAGAUAUGAAUCAUAACCCAUAGUAUGGUUAUUGAUGGAGGUUUUGGUAAAAUUCUUUUUUUCCCUCUUGUUAACGUUUUAAAAAUAUUUUUAUCAUUUAAUCUACUAAAAUAUUCAUUUAGUAAUUUAUUUAUUUUCUUAUCGUUGAUAUGAUGUCUUAUUUACUAUUAGUUUCUGUACAUCAAAGCAAUCAAUGUUGAACUUACAACUAUUUUUGGAUAUGGGAAUUCGCAUAUGUUUAAGCUGCAUGUACAUUUCAUUUUCAUUGCUUUUUAAAAUUAAAAAAAUUGCCUAAAAAAUUUGGUAAUGAUCACGAAAUUUUUAAUACAUGUUUUAGAAACAUUCAUGUUCAUCUUUUAAAAUAUUUGAUUAAUUUUUUUAAAAUAAAGUUCAUUCUAUUAAAUUGGUCAAAAAUUGUUGAUGCAGUGAAAUUUAAUACAUAUUUCAUAAUUGGAAGAAAUGUACAAACAUUAUUUUUAAAGCAUUUUAUUUGCCUUGAAAAAGUGCUGAAAUCACAAUUGGUAUUUGCAAUCAUGUAUAACUGCUUUAAAUUUUUGUAUGUUCAUUAUUUUUAAUAUUGCAUUAGUUUAAAAAGAAAUCAAAUGCUGCAUUUUUAUGAUUUUGACAUGAAUUUUGGCUGAUAAAUUUGAAAAAAAUUGUGAUUAACAUUCAGCAGCAUUACAUCAAGAAAGUACUUAACACUUUUCAUUUAAAAUUGUUUUUAUGAAAC